UCAACUCUUGAGACAGGGAUAGCGUGAAAAGGUGUGUGAUACGCAUAUAGACAAAUUAAUGUGUAAAUGAUGAAUUCCAACUCUUGAGAUUUAUUAAUUUGCUAUGGUAUAAAAGAGCACUGUAUGACAUCACUUUAACUCAACAUGUUAAACACUAACGUGUUGUUUUUCAUCAGGAGUAUCAGAGUAUUUCCAGACAUCUCACUGGUUUUUGUAAACCAAGGAUGGGCAAAAGGGUUAUCCUGGCAUUAAAUAUCUUUGUAGGAUUAAUUAGGAUCGUGUUCCACUUGCCUUCAGGGAAGGAUCUACAAGAGCAAGUCCAUGGACAAGGGCAAGACCUAGAUUUGUCCAUUAUGAAUGACAGCACUAGAAGAAACAAAUCUGAUUUAAUACAAACACUAGUAAUUGUAAAAGGAGGCCUCUAUUUGGCUAAUUUCAUCUUUGUAACGGCAGUGACUGUAUCAAUAAUUUGGACACUGAGACAGAACUCUAAAAUCAUGAAAGAAAUGAGAUACAUCCUCUUAUGCCAUCAUCUCCUCUGUUCCUCUUUAUUCUUUUGCUUUGGCAUAGUGUCCAAUGCAAUGCAAACAUUUAAAGUACAAAAAGUCUGGAUAUGGAUAAUCUUUGGCAUACAAACAUCAAUUGGAGAAACAGUGCUAGUAACCUUGGCCUUGAUGGCGCUUAACAUUUGCUUAGCCAUUUGCUGGCCUUUGAGAUACUUGGCAUUUGUUCACUUGGUGAAACACAAAGUUAUCAUUUGUAUUUGGCUUGGAACAAUGCUCAAAUCUGUGUGCUUGAUAAUUGUAGAAGGCACGGAUGAGGAUCCAUGGACAAUAUAUGAAGCAGAGCCCUCUUGUCCAACUAUACUGGGAGGUAAUUUUGCCAAAAUAUCUGGAACUGUUUUCAUUUCACUUCUUGCAGCCGUCAUAGUAACUGCUUAUUUUUUCCUAUGCAGAGAAGGAAAGCUCAGUGGUCAUUUUAAUUGUUCAAAUAAGAAAGCCAGAAAAACAAUAAUUAUUCAUGGUUUACAAAUGAGCUUCCAUAUCCUUCCACCCUUGAUCAUCAUAGCUAUCGGAAAAGGAUUAGAACACACUGAGAUAAAAUUUGGAGCUUUUGUUGUUUUCUUAUUUGCACAAAGUUUUAGUCCUGUGGUUUAUGGACUGCGGAACAAAGAACUUCGGGAAAAGAUACGUUUCAGACAAGAAGGAAAUGAAUACUGUAACUACUUGGUAAACUACAUUAACAUCCCACAGCAACUUCAGAUGGCAGAAGAUUCUGCAAAAGGAUGGAUCUCUUCUCAGUGUAGUAUAUAAGCACUUUCAAGUAAAUAUUUCUUAGGUUUUUAAAUGGAUCUGACUGAAUUAGAAGACGUGGAUACCCACAAACUAUAUCAGACAUUAAGCAAUAAUUCAACUCACACAACUGAAUAUACCAACUUUAAAAUAAAAUAAAAAACAGAUUUCCAACUCCAGCGCUGGAAGCCUUGAGCACUGCUCUAUCUUUGCUUUAAAGUUUAAAGGGAUAACGAAUGAAAAAGAAGCAACACAGAAAGCAAAGGAAAUCAUGGGGAAAAGGGAGGUUUAGGCACUGCCAGACAGGGUACUAGAAAUUAUAUAUUAUAGAAUAGAUGAGAUGUGGGAAACCUUUUGCUCUCCAGCUGUUACUGACUACAACUCCAGCAAGCAUGGCUAAGGAGUUGUAGUUCAGCAACACCUGGAGGGCCAAAGGUUCUCCACACCUAGUAUAGAUCAAGGUUUUCUACUGUGUGGAAGUCAACAAUUUAAAAGAGAACCCGUGAAGUUGGUGGAAGGAGGAAAAGAAGCACAAAGGGACACCUCUUCAUCACAAUUCUAACUGAUGGAUACCAGGGCAGUAUUCAUGCUUCUUUGUAUUGCUUUGCUCCUGGCAGCAUGCAAUCCAUCCUUCUUAGGCCAUGAGCAGUGCACCGACAGAGUUGACAGUCAGCAUGUUUAUGAACAUUUUAGCAGGUCAGCCAAUGGCACAGGGGCUAAUUUCAAAAAGUAAAGCCAGGUUUCUUGUAGGCCAUAGCUAGGGUCCUAAGGAGUUUUGAGAGAUUACAGCCUGCUUAUGCUACAGACCCCACUCCCGCUUUGGUGUUUGACAAGUCAGCAAAGUUACAUAUUUUCCACAACAAUUUAUGUAUGUAUGUGCAUUAAUAUGAUGUGUCAUACAUAUUCAACAACCAUGAUAAAUUGUCUUAAGAGUUAUUCAGGGGCUUGUUUGAUGGUGCUAUUACAAUUCAGAUGUGUGUGGCAUUCUUAUAAAUGUUUUAGGUCCUAGCUACAAAUGAAAUUUGGUUAGUCUUGCCAUGGCCUGAGGAUUAUCCACUUGUGUUAACGCUGAGGUGGGCUUUUUCACUGGCACCACCAGUGUUAUGAAAUGCACUCCCUGCUGAAAUAUAAGAGACCACAUUUGUAUUGACAUUCUGCUUUUAAAGACACACCUGCUUACACAAGCAUUCCCUUAGUUUCUUGACCUCAGUCUUAUGUUUUAAUUGUUGGAUUGUUUUAAAGGGAUUGUUUUAUUGUGCAUUUUAAUUCUGGAUGUUGAUAUUUUAAUGUUUUAAUGUGGCUGUUUUAUUGUGUAUUUUUAAUUCUGGGUUGAUAUUUUAAUGUUUGUGUAACUGGUUUUUAUAUUUUGUAAAUUUCUUAGAAGCCUAUGAAUGAAUGAAUGAAUGAAUGAUAGUUAUAAAUAAUAUAUAAUAUAAUAAAUGAUAUUUAUAUAAGAUGCUAAACCAGGUUACUUAAGAUACGACCUUAUCCCUUACUCACUGCAUUCUGUAGGAGAGUUACUCCUUCAAGUCCCUAAAAUAUCAGAAGCCCACUACAGUAACUCAGAGCAGGGCUUUCAGUGUGGCUUCCCCUGUUUUGUGGAACACCAUUCUUGUUAAGAUAUGAAUGGUGCCCACUAUCUGUACAAUUGAAAACAGUUUUGUUUCAAAAAGCUGGAUGAAUAGGUCUCUGCCUUAGGUGUUCAUUUUGUACCAGUUGCUGGAAAAUGCAGGAGUGAAGUGUUAAUGUGCUUAGAUCCUGCUUGCAGGCUUCCCAUAGGCAUCUUGUUGGCCACUGUGAGAACAGAAUGCUGGACUAGAUGGGCCACUGGUCUGAACCAGUAGGCUUGUCUUAUGUAUUCUUUUUAAAUUUAUUUUUAGUUGCUAUU